AAUAUAAUACAUAAAAUACCCAUAUUGAGCUGCAGCUACCUUCCCGGUUCUACAAUCUAUAGACUGCCGAGGUGAUAGACGAGAUCACAAGAAGUCUCGCGAUUGUCUUUGCAGUGCUCGGUCGUCGGGUCCCGUCCCGUUGCUUUGUGUGCUCUACUAUGUGCUGCUCUCUCUCGCUCAUCUACAGACCAGACAUCACACCCUGUACCACGUCGAGGGGCCGGUGCGCGACCAUGGAAGCGAACAAAGAGGUGUUGUCGUCGGCAACCAGGAAGUGUUUCCCUUAGUGACCGUCGGGCCAUGGAGCUGAGAUAACUCCGCCCCCUCUGCUGUGGUAACCAUGGGAACGUCCCGAUGCUUCCGUCUGGCGUUCCUGCUGGGGUCUGUGUUAAUGGUCCUGCUCAUCAUCCUCUAUUGGGACGACAUGGGAGCGCUCAAUCUCUACCCCCACGACCCUCAUGACCUUUACCCUCAUGACCUUUACCCCCAUGACCCUCACCCCCACCCCACCUCACCCAGCUCCCCCACACCCACCAAACCCCCACCCAGGGACACAGAGGAGCAAGCGACCCACAAACCCCCCAGAACCACAGAGCCUGACUGGCCUGGAGAGGGGACGAGGGCGACCCCCAAACCCCCAGGGGAGGAACACCCCCUCCCCCAAGUAACAGACUCCUCAGAGCUGGAGGGGAGGUGGAGAGGAGAGGAAGGGAAGCGAGAAGAGGAGAGCGUGAGGCAGGCGGAGGAAGAGAAAAGAGAGGAGGAGGGGAGGAGACAGGAGGAGAGGAGGAGGAGGAUUAGUCAUAUGUGUUCUGGGAACGGAACAUUAGAAUUCCCAGGAAAAUUCCGGACGUUUGACCAGAUUCCCAACCGGGAGUUAAACCACCUGAUCGUAGACGACAGACAUGAGAUCAUCUACUGCUAUGUUCCCAAGGUAGCAUGUACCAACUGGAAGCGUGUAAUGGUGGUUCUCUCUGAGGGUCUGCUGGCUCCAGAUGGACAACCUUACCGCGACCCCCAGGCCCUGCCCCCUGACCUCAUACACAACUCCUCCCUGCACCUCACCUUCUCCAAGUUCUGGCGUAGGUAUGGCCGUCUCUCCCGUCACCUGAUGAGGGUGAAACUGCAGAGUUACACCAAGUUCCUGUUUGUCCGCGACCCCUUCGUCCGACUCAUCUCCGCCUUCCGGAACAAGUUCCAACAGCCCAACGAAGACUUCUACCGCCAGUUUGGCUCGGUCAUGCUACGCCGUUAUGGAAACGAAAGCGGGACCUCCAGGGUUCCGGAGUCAGCGGCGGAGGCGUUCGAGGCGGGGAUCCAGCCGUCGUUCUCGGAGUUCGUCCGGUAUCUCCUCGACCCCCAGACGGAGCAGGAGCAGCCGUUCAACGAACACUGGCGCCAGGUGUAUCGGCUCUGUCACCCCUGUCAGAUCCACUAUGAUUUCAUCGGCACGCUGGAAAACCUGGAGGACGACUCGGAUCAGCUGCUCCGGAUCCUGGGUCUGGAAGACCAGAUAAAGUUCCCGCCUAGCAACCGGAACCGCACGGCGGCCAGCUGGGAACGCGAUUGGUUCGCUGAGGUUCCGGCCGAGUUGAGGAGGAAGCUGUACAGUUUGUAUGAGCCAGACUUUGAGCUGUUUGGGUAUCCUAAACCAGAGAGUCUGCUCCAUCCCUGAUAGGCUGUUUGGGUAUCCUAAACCAGAGAGUCUGCUCCAUCACCGAUAAGCUGUUUGGGUAUUCUAAACCAGAGAGUCUGCUCCAUCACCGAUAAGCUGUUUGGGUAUUCUAAACCAGAGAGUCUGCUCCAUCACCGACAGGCUGUUUGGGUAUUCUAAACCAGAGAGUCUGCUCCAUCACCGAUAGGCUGUUUGGGUAUCCUAAACCAGAGAGUCUGCUCCAUCACUGAUAGGCUGUUUGGGUAUCCUAAACCAGAGAGUCUGCUCCAUCACCAAUAGGCUGUUUGGGUAUCCUAAACCAGAGAGUCUGCUCCAUCACUGAUAGGCUGUUUGGGUAUCCUAAACCAGAGAGUCUGCUCCAUCAC